CGCAGCGGGGACCCCCCGCCUGCCAGCCGGCCAGCCAGCCUGCGGAGACCCGGGUCCCGCGCCGGACCGGGGCUGGGGGCAGGCGGCCGGGGCGGACCUGGCGGCGCCCAGGGCGGCCCGGGCGUUGCGAUGAAGGCGCCGCGGCGCGCGUGAAGAGGAUGCGGCAGCAGGCGCCGCGGCGGGAGGAGGAGUAGGCGGUGGAGCCCCCGGGAGGGAGCCGCGCGCGGGCCAGACGGCUCCCGGAGGCUCCGCAGUGCCGCCGCCGUCGCCCCGGAGGCUCCGCGCGGAAGCCAUGUAACCCUGCGGCGGGCUCCGGGCUGCUCCGUCCUUCCCAGCUCCGGGCUAGCGCGCCAGCGGGGCCACGAUGAAGAAGCAGUUCAACCGCAUGCGCCAGCUGGCCAACCAGACGGUGGGCAGGGCCGAAAAGACCGAAGUUCUGAGCGAAGAUCUUCUUCAGGUGGAGAAGCGGCUGGAGCUGGUGAAGCAGGUGUCCCACAGCACGCACAAGAAGCUCACGGCAUGUCUGCAGGGCCAGCAAGGGGCCGAGGCCGACAAGCGCUCCAAAAAGCUGCCUUUGACAACACUGGCUCAGUGUUUGAUGGAAGGGUCCACCAUCCUGGGAGAUGACACGCUUCUCGGGAAGAUGCUGAAACUCUGUGGCGAGACGGAGGACAGGCUGGCUCAGGAGCUGAUUCAUUUCGAACUGCAAGUCGAGCGAGAUGUGAUCGAGCCCCUGUUCUUGCUGGCCGAGGUGGAAAUCCCAAAUAUCCAAAAACAGAGAAAACAUUUAGCAAAGCUGGUGCUGGACAUGGACUCUUCGCGAACGAGGUGGCAGCAGACGUCCAAGUCUUCAAGUCUGUCCAGCAGCUUACAGCCUGCGGGUGCCAAAGCCGAUGCCCUCAGGGAGGAGAUGGAGGAGGCAGCCAACAGAGUGGAGAUUUGCAGGGACCAGCUCUCGGCGGACAUGUACAGUUUUGUGGCCAAAGAAAUUGACUAUGCAAACUACUUUCAAACGCUCAUAGAAGUGCAAGCCGAGUACCACAGGAUCCUGACGCUCCUGCAGGCUGUGUUGCCUCAAAUAAAAGCACAACAGGAGGCCUGGGUGGAGAAGCCUUCCUUCGGGAAGCCCCUGGAGGAGCACCUCACGAUCAGCGGCCGGGAGAUCGCCUUCCCCAUCGAGGCGUGUGUGACGAUGCUGCUUGAAUGCGGGAUGCAGGAAGAGGGCCUCUUCCGAGUGGCCCCGUCGGCGUCCAAGCUGAAGAAGCUGAAGGCGGCGCUGGACUGCUGCGUGCUGGACGUGCAGGAGUACUCGGCAGACCCGCACGCCAUCGCAGGAGCUUUGAAAUCUUACCUCCGGGAGCUGCCAGAGCCUCUGAUGACCUUUGAACUCUAUGACGAGUGGAUCCAGGCUUCCAAUAUCCAGGAGCAGGACAAGAGGCUCCAAGCUCUGUGGAAUGCUUGUGAAAAAUUGCCCAGGGCCAAUCACAACAACAUCCGGUACUUGAUCAAAUUCUUAUCCAAGCUCUCAGAAUAUCAAGACAUCAACAAGAUGACGCCCAGUAACAUGGCCAUUGUGCUGGGGCCCAACCUGCUGUGGCCCCAGGCAGAAGGGAACAUCACCGAGAUGAUGACCACCGUGUCCCUGCAGAUCGUCGGCAUCGUGGAGCCCAUCAUCCAGCACGCGGACUGGUUCUUCCCCGGGGAGAUAGAGUUCAACAUCACGGGCAAUUAUGGGAGUCCGGUGCACGUGAACCACAAUGCCAACUACAGCUCGAUGCCCUCCCCAGACAUGGACCCCGCCGACCGGCGCCAGCCGGAACAGGCCCGCCGGCCCCUCAGCGUUGCCACGGAUAAUAUGAUGCUGGAGUUUUACAAAAAGGAUGGCAUGGGCGUGAGGGUCAUGGACACCUCGUGGGUGGCUCGAAGAGGCUCCUCGGCCGGCAGGAAGGCGUCCUGCGCCCCGCCCACCAUGCAGCCCCCCGCCCCGCCGCCGCCCGCCGAGCUCGCCGCCCCUCUGCCGUCACCCCUCCCGGAGCAGCCCCCCGACGGCCCCCCUGUGCCCGCGCUCUCUCCAUCGGGCCUGGGCCUCCUGCCUGGGGCUGAGCGGACCAGCACUUCCAAAAGCAAGGAACUUUCUCCAGGAUCUGGGCAGAAAGGAAGCCCAGGUUCCAGCCAGGGGACACCCAGUGCUGGGGCGCAGCCGGGCACCAGCCCCAGUCCCAGCCAGCCGCCCGCGGACCAGAGCCCUCACACCCUCCGGAAAGUUUCCAAGAAGCUGGCACCCAUUCCCCCCAAGGUCCCCUUUGGCCAGCCGGGGCCCCUGCCUGAGCAGCCCGCCGGCCAGCCGUCCCCACUGAGCCUGUCCCCGACGCCCCCCAGCACGCCGUCACCCUACGGACUGAGCUACCCCCAGGGGUACUCCCUGGCCUCGGGCCAGCUCUCCCCCGCGGCCGCGGCGCCGGCCCUGGCCUCCCCCUCCGGCUUCACGAGCACUUUGAGCAAAUCGCGGCCCACCCCGAAGCCGCGGCAAAGGCCCACGCUGCCGCCGCCCCAGCCUCCCAGCGCCAGCUUCGCGGCCUCCAGCCCGCAGUCCGCGGAGCAUCCUGCACUGGACGGCGUGGCCCCCGGAGAGAGCAUGUCCACAGAGCUCGUCCACUUUGACGUCCCCGCCAUCCACGUCGAGCUGGGGCCGCCGCUGCGCCCGGGUCCCCUGGAGCACGGACGGCGACACGCGGGGGCCGAGAAGAGGGACUCGGAGGAGGAAUCUGAGAGCACGGCCCUCUGACGGGCGCCGCGGGCUCCGGCCGUCACUGCCAAGGCCAGGUUGGGGUCUGCAGGUGGCAGUGGGGCCGAGGGCGUCCCUUCCCUCCGGGCAGUGACUCUGGCCUCUCGUCUGAUCUUUGCCUUUUGACUUUGUGCCUAUUUCGAUGCACUUCCAGCCUCCACGCCCAUUGGCGGCCCUCGCCACGCACGGGCCGGUGUGUCGGAAACGACCCGCACCGGUGGGGUGCGGAGGGGCCGGUGGCCCGCAGCCCGGGGCGCCCGCCUGCCCGCGCCGCCUGAGGGCAGAGGGGGGCCGGCCAGCGUGAACCAAAACCCUUGGGCGUGAAAGGAAACGGCUGAAAACAAGUUACGUCUCACUUCCCAACAGUCGAAAUGCUCCCCACCCUGGACGGACGCCCCUUUCCUCUCCCGUGUUUCUGACUUUAAAGGACGACCUGUGCGUCUGGAGGGCCCCAAGGGGGCUCCCCGGGCCCCCUUGCUGAGCGGGGGCCCUCCGUCACUGCACCCCCCCCGCCCCCGGGCGCCAGCCUCUCCCGGAGGUCCCCGUGAAUAGCAAUAAAGUUACCCGAAGCGCAGAGAGGGAGGCCGAACGGCCCUGGGUGCGGACAGCUCUGCUCACCCCGCACCUCGUGCCGUCCGCCCUGGGAGCCGUGGCCACGCAGGUGAAGGGAGCGGGAGCCGCGCCUCAUGCAUGCCAAGUCCAGCCUUCCAGGUCCAUCCCUCUACCAUAGACGUACCUACACAUGAUAUAAUAUUUGUAUAUAUGAAAUCUAUAUUUGUUUAAUUUGAACCACUCAGUCUCAACCACUGUACAGGUGUACAAUGAGAAAAAUUUAAACGCGUAGUUAUUUUUCCCACCA